AUGGGUCGGGAACUGAACAUGGACACGCAGAGGCAAAACUUCUGGAAGGAAUCCGUCGAGAAAGAGGCGAUGGUUCGACUAAUGUGGUAUGAAAAAUACGGACACGAGUUAGAGGACUGGAUCGGCCCUGGCGCGCAAGCAGGCCUACUAAAAAAAACUGACGAAGAUCCCCAAAUAGAGGCGACAAAACUUCCGAGCAUCUCAACAAAAAAGUACCACAAGAGACAACCAGAUAAGCGCGGCACGCUGCUAGAACUCGCGAAUAGCAAAACCGGAGAAAAUUUCACGUGCACCAUGCGCCCUGUCACGCCGAGAACAAGAGACACUUUGUAUAAAGGUUUCAGCAAAGAAGGCACGGGCCGAUACGAAUACCUGCAGCAUCGCAACCUAAAGAAGCCAGAGGACAAGUACGAGUUUCCGAUGACCAGCGGAUGGGAGUACGGUUGGAGGCUCGGGGACUUCACGAGAGGGAGCCACCAGUCACCGCAGUUCGGCAGAUCACGGAUCGUGCAAGACUCAUUCUACCGGAGGAAUGGCAUUAUCUAAAUAGUGACGUCAUCGUUCUUGAUUAAAAAAAAGAGUGCA